AUCGAAUUACAACGACGCGACGGUGGUAUAGCCUGCGCGCAGGUUUCUCGAUUCAAUCGGGCGAGGAACUAUCGUAGGUAAAAGAGAAAACGGGGAGGAAAGGCAAAGUGAACCGCGUCGACAGGGGGAAGAGUGCGAAGUCUGCGAACGCGAUGACGACGCGCGUUCGUUCCGCGGUCAUGCAUCCGCAAUUCGAGCCAUGAUGCGGAGUACUGUAUCUAGUAUAUGCUGCUGGCCGCGGCUGUGCUCGUGUUUGUGACGUGUGUAUGACCGAUAGAAAAAUAAGUUCUCCGUUGCAUUUUAUUUCCGUUUCGGAACGAACGUGCCACGUUAACACCGGAAUCCUCUGUUGAGCCGGACGGUACUUACGGUUCCUUUGACCGCGGGCUACCUGCAUCGACGGACAUUUACUAGCACUAGCAAAGAGAUAGUAUGGGGGAUGCGAAAACCCCGAACUGAGCACUCUCAGUUUCUCUCUGGCACUAGGACGAAACGGUGGUUCUGUUUACACUGGAAAAACUGACAGUCUUCGAGGAUGUACGCGAAGGGGAAGGCGUCCUCGGUACCCUCGGACGCUCAAGCGAGAGAAAAAUUGGCACUGUACGUGUAUGAAUAUUUAUUACAUGUUGGCGCACAAAAGGCAGCACAGACAUUCUUGUCGGAGAUACGAUGGGAAAAGAAUAUUACACUUGGCGAGCCACCUGGUUUCUUACACUCUUGGUGGUGUGUAUUCUGGGACCUAUACUCGGCAGCACCAGAACGGCGGGAUUCCUGUGAACACAGCAGUGAGGCCAAAGCUUUCCACGAUUACGGCUUUGUGAACAGUGGUUAUGGCGUCAACGGCAUUGCUCAUAAUGCUGGUCCAGCGCCUUCCCCCAUAGGACAAAUGCCACCCAACGAUGGUAUGCCUGGUGGUCCGAUGCCUCCAGCAUUUUUCCCAUUCAUGGGCGGUCCACGGUAUCCCGCUGGACCAAGACCCGGAGUACGUAUGCCGCAAAUGGGAAAUGACUUCAACGGGCCACCGGGACAGCCAAUGAUGCCAAAUAGUAUGGAUCCGACUAGACAAGGCGAAGCUGGAGAAUUUGUAGGGUGGCAAGCUCCUCCAGGCAUGAAUCCGAUGAAUCCAAGGAUGAAUCCUCCACGAGGACCAGGCAUGGGCCCCAUGGGACCUGGUAGUUACGGUCCAGGAAUGAGGGGUCCACCACCCAACAGUAGUUUAGGUCCAGGAGGUCCUGGAGGUCCCGGUAUGCCACCAAUGAGUAUGGCAGGUCCAGGCGGUAGACAACAAUGGCAACCAAACACGUCCACGCCAAUGAAUUAUUCAUCAUCAUCGCCGGGUAAUUACGGAGGGCCACCCGGUUCGACGGGUCCUCCAGGCCCGGGUACACCGAUCAUGCCCAGCCCACAAGAUAGUAGUAAUAGUGGUGGUGAAAAUAUGUACACCAUGAUGAAACCUGUACCUGGAGGAAAUAUGCCUGGUGAUUUUCCGAUGAGCGGCGGACCAGAGGGUGGCCCGAUGGGACCUAUGGGUCCGAACACGAUGGGUCCUGUUCUGAAUGGUGACGGCCUCGAUGGAAUGAAAAACAGUCCGGCUAAUGGCGGUCCUGGUACACCACGAGAAGACAGUGGAAGUGGAAUGGGUGAUUAUAAUCUUGGUGGUUUUGGAGGUCCCGGAGAAAAUGAUCAAACUGAGUCAGCGGCCAUACUCAAGAUCAAGGAGAGCAUGCAGGAAGAGGCGAAGAGGUUUGAGAAGGACUCAGAUCAUCCCGAUUAUUACAUACAAUAACUCUUCACGAGUCGUUGGGCUCCGAGACCAAACUAACGUUCUAAGAAAAAGAUCCUCCUCUCUCUCUCUCUCUCUCUCUCUCUCUUUCUAUCUCUUUCUCCUACGAAAAUCCAGAACUAUCCUCAUCGCACUACUCUACGAUAAUAAUCUCUCCUUCGGCCCGGUCCCUUCCCUUCGAGUCAAAGCAUAAGGGCAGAGGAAAAUUUAAAAAACAAAAAUCCAAAAAAAAAGGAAGAACUGAGCUCGAUGAGAGAAAUGCACAAUAUUUGAGUGUAUUCUCCCUCUGCUGAGUGAGGGGGCCUCGUCCAUGAUUUUUCUCGGCCUUCCUCGCGAAGGGUCCCGUUUAAAAACCAAGAGUUAUCGAAUCUUCGUGAGAGCACUCUGUUUCACGCAAAUUUCUUUCGUAAUUUCGCGUUGACGUACAUUCUUAGAAAAAUUACUCCUGUACAUACGCGCACGAUCAUCUCGAAUCGUCGUCGACCGACGAUCUUUCGCUGUUUCCGCAAAUGGACACGGGACGAGACCUUUCGAGUAUCACUCCGAACGACUCGAAGGUCUUGAAACGUAGAAAAAUGUCGAUUUAAAAAAAAAAAAAAAAUGAAAACGUAGAUUUGGUAUCACGAUUCUUAAAAAAGUUACGUUUCGAUUGCUUCGACCACGGUGGUACUCGAAAUUUUUAAUUGUAUCUAAUAUAUAUACGCCCGUGCCAUUUGAUUCAGACUAAUCCCGUUUCGACGUCGUUUUUUUUAUCAUUGAACGGUAAUUUCCCGUUUAGAAGAUCCCCGUACCGUCUCCUACUCUCUUAGGAACCCCAGUUUUGUUUUCUAACAAAGGAAAAAGAAAAAUGCUAAGUGCUUCCUUAUUGGCUCUAAGUUGAAAGAAAACGCUAUAUUUUUUGUACAGUUCGAGAAAGCAGUAUGUGUGAUGUUUUUAUAUAUAUACGAGAGUAGUAGUCGCUUCCCAUUCCCCUCUAGCCUCUCCCCUCGAUAUGUUCAUUUGCCACAGAGAGCUGUUCGCGACGUUUCAUCGGUUUCCUCGGUCGUCGAAAAACGUAACUGUGAUAAAAAAAAAAAGAUUACAAGUACACUCCCGGUAUCGCGAAUCUAUUGCGCUUUGAAUGCGCUGCAGGCGUUGAAAACGAGCACGCGCUUUGAUAGCGCAUAAUCAGACAUAUGAUACAUACGUACGUAUAAAUUGAAAAAUCGAUGUCAAAGGUACAAGAUAUAGACAUUAACAAUAGAAUAACCGUAUAUGUGUUUAUCGAUAGAGCAUAUUUAUUAAGCGCGUGUUCAUUCUCGACUCUCGCCGUUUUAUUAGCUUUAAAACGUCGACGAAACGCCUUUCGCGGAUACUCGAAGCGAGAUCGAUCGAUCUCCCAGGAAGGUAAUUCGUCCGUGAAAUUCCAAAUAAUUGGAAUAAAAGUUCCACGCGAAAUAGAAUCAUCGUACGAAGUUCGUUUAGUAAAAAAACGAAAAAGAAAGAAAAACGAACGAUCGAUCCCGCCGCAAGAUUGUACGUCAGCGCAGCGAUUCGCGAGCAUCGGUAGUAUUAAAAAAAAAAUACCUGUACUCGUUAUUGUGGCAUCAUUCUACGAUCCAUCAGUUAUUCCUUCCGAGAAAGAUAAGCGUCGAUAUCUUCCACGAAGUUGUAUACAUUCACGUAUUAACCGCAAGAGGAUCCACGAGAACGCAACGUCUUUUUUCAGUUUCUCGUUGCAAAGAAUUUUAGAAUGGUCAACGGUAUCGAUAUUAAAACUUAAUUUAUUUAGAAGAGGGAGUAAAGAACGGGACGGCGUGCAUGAAACGGUAUGCGGGAAUUGUGACGAGGGGUCAAUCGAUAACGUUGUUCACAUUUUAUCGAUGACGAAUUCACGGGCAUUCUUUAUACGUUCGAGACGUUGCAAUCUCGAUCGUGUUGCACACAGUGGAUCGGUUUUUAGUUAAAUCGAGAAGCGCACAGUAUUCAAAGGCUGCAAUGAUAUUAUUGAGAGUACGCAGACACUCGGGUCUCACGUCUUAUCUAUGUCCGAACGAGAGGAACCCGACGAAACGGUUCUUCGAGUAUUGUAACUCCCACCCCCCUUCCUAUCAUCCCCUUAGGAUUUAAUCCGCUGCGGCGGGAAUCCGGCCAGUGUGCGUCGAUAGUACAUAUUAGAUGAAUUUUCAUCCGUUCGAGACGAUCGUUUGUUGAUCGCCAGUUCGUGCGACAAGCGGUGUUCGAGGAACUUUAAUUCGUUUUAUCGUUCUCGGUAUUCGAAAGGACAGCAUUACAUUGGAAGAACGUAUUGUUCAAUUGUGUAAGAAUCGAGAGUUUCUUUUAAUUGUCUGGUUGAUAAAGAACACGUGAAUCCGUACAAGAUAGCGAUUGCACACGUGAACGCGAUCGAACAACUAUACGAGACAUAAUUUAAUACUUGUUUGGAAUUCGAUCCUCGUUCGACUCGGUGUGUAAAUAAUCUUCGUGGCGAUCGUUGAAAUUGUUCGGUAGCCUGUACGAGUCUUACAUUUGCCCGUUUUAUUUUCUGAUCGAUGCCACGGUACCGGCAGCGUGUACACGCGCACACGUGUAUUAUUUCGGCGUGAUUCAAAUGUAAAUGUAAGUUGUACAAAUUCUCGAGAGUGCAAUUCGGAUUAAAUAGCCUACGUAUGUACGAUAACAA